AUGGCUUCCUCUUGGCUUUGCUCUCCCAAAUUUCUAGCCUUCAUCAUGGUCCUCUCAGCGAUACCAGUCAGCAUAAUCAUUUCCUUGGAGUUAUCGAAUCCCCCCACGCACGUGUACUACUACCACAGCAAUGGAUGGUUCAGAGAAUGCGGCAAGUGGGACGAUCAAAAUAGGCGCUUCAUCGUCGGUUUCGUGGAAGGCGGAAUCGGUCAGAUUCCGGUAACCGGAGUGGAAAAUGAGGUAUUAGAGGAGGUACCGGUGGUCAGAGACGUCGACCUGGCCGGAAAUUCAACGCUGGGCAUUUUCAUCGACCGACCAAGGAAUAGACUGCUCGCAGUUCAUGCAGAACCAUGGCGAAAUCGCUACUCAGCGCUUGCAGCCUACGAUUUGCAAACGUGGAAACGAUUAUUCCUGACUCAACUCAGUGGCCCAAGUGACGAGAAAUCAUUAGCGAACGAUGUAGCAAUUGAUCCACAAGGUAACGCUUAUGUAACUGAUGUGAAAGCCAGUAAGAUUUGGAAGGUAGGGGUGGAAGGGAAGUUGAAAUCAAUCAUCAGAAACCCACUGUUCAAGGCAAAAGAAUGGUACAAGAACCUGGGCUUAGGUGCAUUAAACGGCAUCGUUUACCACCCAGAUGGGUUCCUCAUAGUGGUUCAUACAUAUAGCGGAAACUUGUUGAAAGUUGACUUAUCAAAAAGCAAUGAAGAAGAAUACGAAGUGAAGCUGAUAAAUGUGAAGGGAGGGUCUCUCACUUUAGGAGAUGGUCUGGAAUUAGUGUCUCAGACUAAACUUGUGGUUGCUGCGAAGCAUCCUACUGCGAGAUUACUUGAGAGUUUUAAUGGCUGGGAAACAGCUUCUGUGGUGGCAACAUUCUCAGGGCUUAGGCAUAAACAUAGGUCGCCAACACCAGUAACUGUGAAGGAUGGUAAGGUUUAUAUCAAUCAUUUGCUUGGGAUGGGGUAUCCUAGAAGGAAGCAUGCUUUUGUUCAAGCAGAUCUUGGCGAAAUAGAAUAA